AUGACUGGUCGUGGUAAAGGUGGCAAAGGCUUGGGAAAAGGUGGCGCUAAACGUCAUCGUAAAGUGUUGCGUGAUAACAUCCAAGGUAUCACCAAGCCUGCAAUCAGACGUUUGGCUCGUCGUGGCGGUGUAAAGCGUAUCUCUGGAUUGAUUUACGAAGAAACCCGUGGUGUCCUGAAGGUGUUUUUGGAAAACGUUAUUCGUGAUGCUGUCACCUACACUGAACACGCUAAGCGUAAAACCGUCACCGCUAUGGAUGUCGUCUACGCUUUGAAGAGACAAGGCCGCACUUUGUACGGUAAAAGUGAAAAAAUGACUGGUCGUGGUAAAGGUGGCAAAGGCUUGGGAAAAGGUGGCGCUAAACGUCAUCGUAAAGUGUUGCGUGAUAACAUCCAAGGUAUCACCAAGCCUGCAAUCAGACGUUUGGCUCGUCGUGGCGGUGUAAAGCGUAUCUCUGGAUUGAUUUACGAAGAAACCCGUGGUGUCCUGAAGGUGUUUUUGGAAAACGUUAUUCGUGAUGCUGUCACCUACACUGAACACGCUAAGCGUAAAACCGUCACCGCUAUGGAUGUCGUCUACGCUUUGAAGAGACAAGGCCGCACUUUGUACGGUUUCGGCGGUUAA